AUGGCUGUCGGAUUCUUCUGUCUCGCUCUCUUCCUCUUCCUCAGUGUCGAUUCGGAUUCCGGCUACACGUCUGCUUCCGCCGCCGAAGGCGUUGAGAUAACAUAUGGAAGUGAGAUUAAGGUGAUGCACGAGAAGACCAAGCUUCGUCUGCAUUCUCCGAACGGAUCCGGCAGUGGUCAGCAAUCAGUCACUGGUUUUCCAGGCGUCGUUGAUUCCAACAGCUACUGGAUUGUUAAACCUGUGCCUGAGACAACAGCCAAGCAAGUUGACACCGUCGUGGGCGGAGCUACCGUUAGAUUGCAGCUCAUGAAGACCCGGAAAUGGCUACACAGUCACCUGCAUGCUUCCCCUAUUACAGGCAACUUAGAGAUUGUGUUCUCUGAGUCAUGGUGGAUUGGGACUAAAGAGGAGAACCCUGAUGAAGCCCGUCUUGAUUUCCCUAAAGAACUCUCUCAGGCAGAGAAAACUGAAGAGUUUGAUUUCCGAGGCGGGGCAGGAUCAGCAGCAGCAGCUUCGGUUAAGACGGCUGCGACUCCUGAAACUGGGAACCAGCCAACGGAGACAGAGACAGACUCACCUGAAGUUGGAAUGGAGGAGAUUUUGUCUGAUGAUGAAGAGUUUAUGGACGAUAAGGUUCAGGUGACACCAGUUCAAGUAACUCCGGUUCGUCAGUCUCAGAGAAAUUCUGGCAAGAAGUUCAACUUUGCAGAAACCUCUCCAGAAAACUCCUCAGGUGAAAGUGAAGGCAAUACAUCUGAGGAAGGGGAAGAGAAACCUGUGUUGGAAUCUGAUUCUUCAACAAGAGUUCGUGAGGAACCUCAAGCUGAUAUUAAUACUGCAUCAGCAGGCAAGUUGCUCACCAAACUUCCGGCUAAAAAGGAAAAAUCAAACAGAAAAUACGGUAAGCUCGUUCAAGCUACAGUAGCCAAACUAUUCAAGAAAGCAGAGCAGAAAACAGCUGGUCCUUCAAAGAAUAAAUCAUCAUCAAAGACCUAG